AUGUAAAAUAAAGAUUGUUUAUUUUGUGAAAAAUAAAGAUUAGAAGGCACAAUUCAUUAUCCCUCUCUAUUAUAAACAGUACUAAUUUAAAAUAUUAAGGCACUUUAUUUGAAAUAUAAUCCUUAAGAUGAAAUGACAAUAGAUGAUCUCAUUAAACAUUCUCAUAAGAAAUGGGUUAUAGAUUUUUAUGAGAAAUCAUAAGAUAUAUAAAACGAAGAGUUCCUGAAGAAAUACUAUAUCAGCCAUGAGAUCUUCUCUAAAUUAGUAGAUUUAACAGAAUACUACAAAUAUAGGUUGGAUACACCUAAUCUAUUUAUGCUUCCUUUAUUUAAAUUGAUUAAGACUUACAAUUCAUUAAGAAAGUAUCAUUUUCAAUAUUUAGAGAGUAUCAUUACACAUAAAUCAAAUAUAAAUUAAAAAUGUUGCUACCUCCUAUUCGAGAUCAUGUUGAUGUUCAAUUUACACAAUUAUUGCAAUUAACUAUGAACAAAUAAGAAGAAGAAUAGUAGUCUUUGAUUUCACUUUUAAAUAAAUUUUAAACAUAAUAAAAUUAAAUGCCUAAAUAGAUCAAAUCCUAUACUUAAUAAUCAAGUUUAUCAACAACUAAAUUAUAUUCUAAACCCUUGAAUAAAUAGACUGAAUUAACAAGUAAAAAACUAAAAUCUAUUUUAAAUGGGGAUGUUUGUUAACCACAAUAAUUAUAAAUAUAGAAAAUGUAAUCCAAAUCUCAUCCAAAUAUCAAACUUCAUACAUUACAAAAUGUAUAUAAUAACUCAAAAAAAUUGAGUAAACAAUCUAGCAAAUCAAAUCUAUAACCUAUCAAAACAUUAGGAUCAAUCAAAAUUGGAUCAUAAGCUGACAUCAUUAGCAGCAUAUAUUUACAAAAAAAUAAUCCUAUUGUUAAAAAAUAAUAACAAAGAAAAUUAAUUUAAUUAUUUUAUAAAUGAUUAUAUUAUUCGCAUUAUUUUUACUUUCAGUUUAAGGCAUUUACAUCUUACAUUCCAAAGGAAUUUCAAUCAAUAGAUAAGAUUACUUUGUAAUCGAACUAAAUCAAACUGAUUAUCGAGAAAAGUCACAAAUUGCACAUAAUGGAUCUUUUACAAUAUCAAAACUUUAUAAUGAUUCUGCUUUGUAUGAUGUCUUCAUUCUAGAUGAAACUGGCUAUACUUGUUAUUUACAAGCUUAUUACAAUAGUUCUUGGGAAACAGAAUGCUUUUUCUUGUUUAAUUCUAGUCAAACAAGUCUAAAUAAUUAUGAAUUUUCAGAUCAAUAUACAGUAUAGGAUGCAUAAAGGUAUAUUAUCAUUGAUAACACUCCAUUCCCUUAAAAUGGGGCUUUUUUUGCUGAUAGAUUAUAUUUGUAAUUAGAUUAUAUACAAGUAAUAUAACCCAUACCUACAUAUUAUCAAGUUACCAUCAAAAGUAUUUAAUGAUAUACAUAAUAGUAACUAUUGUAUUUGUAGGAGUCUUGAUAUGUUUUAGUAUUUGGUGUUUGAUACUUACUUUAAAGUAUAAGAAAGAAACUAGACACAAGGAAUCAAUAGAAAAGCAAAAAUUAAAUAAUACCUUAUCACCAUUAAAGUAGUAUAAAUGA